AUGAUCCUAUUCGCUGCUAUUCGAAUGAAUGCGAUCAAUGGCUACAAUCUCGAGCUACUUCGAGCAGAACUAUUAAUGAGGAUACUCCAACGGCCGUCCAUGGUUAUGAGGGAGUGGUCAGAAAUUAUGAUAAAUGCGAAGAGGAACAAUGAGAGGGAGGUUUAUAACGCUCGUGUGGGGCUGUUUGGGCCAUAUAGAGGAAAGUCUGUUGUGGUUUAA